GCCCCCGCGUCUGCGACCCGUGUUCCUGUGGGCGCGCCAGCUCGACGGCACCGUGCAGGAGGUCUGCUGCGAGGACUACGAUCCGCGCAACCGCAUCCGAAUAGCGCGAACCCCAUCCGGCUGGCGCGUGAUCCCGCGCACCGAGAUUUACAACUCGAUCCGCGUACCCCCACCCCCAGUACCGCCGCCUCGUCAGCGCGGCCCACGGGAACGUCGCCGGCGCAGACGCUGCAACCGCUCGCGUCGUCGUACCCGGUCUGUCGCCUCACCCGCCGUCCGUGCGCCCGAGGACCCUGCGUCCCUGGCGCGUCCUCAACCAGCUGUUUGGUUGCAACCCGACCUGGAGUCCCAUAUUCCAUCGCACACCAUCGCGGUGCCGCGGGCGCCUCCACCACCAUCGGAGCCGACACCGCUUGACAAUUUGCUUGCGGUGGCUGAGCUCGAAUUUAAUCAGCAACGCAGUGAAAGACUUCUUGAUUUAGAAAGUCCGGCUUCUUAUACUUUUCUGCCAGCUGAAGAGGUUGCACGUGACGUUAUGUCUUUCGAACUCGGAGAGCCCAAGCAAGCGGACGAGUCGUUGUACUUUGAACGGAAAGCGCCCGCGGACCGUACGGAGGAGUAUCCGAAUGAAAUGGUUGCGCAUAAAGAUCUAUUUGAGACUAUAAGUGAAGCUCAUUAUCUACCGGAGCUCGGAGGCCCACAUGACGAGACAUUGCUAGAAUCCUUAGUAGAAAAAGGUUGCGAGGAUAACCAAAUACUCGGUCAGGCGCUUGAUAAACUUGCACAUUUAGUACAUGGAUCUGGCGAAUAUACAGAAGAGGAAGAGCAUAUGCUUUUGAGUAAUGAGCCAGUUUCUGAUAUUAUCAACAGAUUAGAACAAACGCUUGAAUCACCGGGACAAAGCAGUAUCACAGCAGCGCAAGGUCUGCUUCACUUACAUCACAUAGGAGACCACCUUGCCCAAGCAGAUCACAGACAAGCCGUUGAGCCUGCCUAUAUGACACAACAAGUGUUUGACCCUGAGAAUACUGAUAGUGCAAUGGAAGCCUUAGAAACUAAUUCUGAAAUGCAGAACGUUAAUAAAAUGAACCAUAUAAACUACGAUGAUAGUACCGAUAAGAGACUAGAAAGUGAAGUCGAAGGUAAUGACACAGAGUAUACAGAACAUAUGCCCGGGUCACAUGAAACUUUUUCUGAUGACAAAACGUACGAAGAGAAUCAAAUGCAUUCGUUGCCUGAUCAGAGUGAAAUUAAUAUGUCCAGUGAAACUCCUAAUGAAGAUCCCUCUAUGGACUGCAUCCAACAUUUGGAACAUGUACACGCUCAAGAGGAUGAACACACAGAUACAUUGCAAGAAGAAGAUGUCAAACAGGAGAUGCCAGCACUACCUGAACACGAUGAUGUUGAUUUUAUUAAAGAAGAUCAUGACGAAUCGAUGGUGAACGAAGAAAUGGUCCCUACAGAUUUAAGCAUAAAAAAUAUGAAUAAAGCUACAAACCCACAUAUACACGCUAGUGACAUGGAAACGUCAAACCUUGAAGAUAACCUAUCGGUUAAAAGCGACGAGCAGCCUAAAGAUCUAACUGUACAUAGACGGCUGCCUACUCCGCAUGCGUCGCCUCGAAGGACAGAUAUACCUCGAGCACCAUCAAGGGAGUCUGAUGCAAUGCAAUCGCCACAGCCUAGCGGAAUCCCAGCAGUUCCAUCAUCACCAGAAAUAUUUACAAUGCCAAUGACAAAAAGUAAACAAACUUUGUUUUUAGAAACUCUUCUUUCGUCCCCAUCUCCUAAAAUGUAUACAUCGGAAGUCACGAUAACUAAACAGCAAUGUGAACCUCUGAAUUUGGGUAAACACAGAAAAUCAGCCAGUCCGACCGUAUCUAGUUGUUCUGAUGAAAUGAGGAAACUUAACAAAGAAUUUGGUGAACCCCAAGAAAAGAAAUUGCGACGCGAGUCAUCAGAAGACUUGGCAAAAAUUAGCAAAGUUUUUAAUAAGUGUAGUGAUGAACAACUUUCAAAGAAAUCCGAUAAACAUGUUAAUAAACCCAGUGACGAUAUGACCCCAUUACAACAAUUACAUAUUUUAAAAUCAAACCCAGAACAUAAUUUACCAGAUCCAAUAUUAGUUCCUAAGAAUAAAUUAAAUAAAAUUCUCGCGUCACCCGGCACAGAAAUUCCAGCUUUACUAAUACAAAGACCGGAAUUGAGACUCCCAGAAGCCUUUUCAUACCCGGCUGUGUUACAAGAUCCUGAUAUUAUUGUCAUAUCAUUAGCGCAACUAGAAAACAUUAUAAUAAAUGAUGAAAAAAACCUUAUAUCGAGGAAAGAAAAGGAAACAAAAUCAAGUUCGUCGUCCAAGAGUUCCACAAAUACAGACCAAGCAAGCACCCCCCAACCGGAUCAACCUAGGCCAAUACCUUCGAUAAACGCUGGCGAAAUCGAUGCAGCGACAUCUGCUGCCAUAAAUCAAAUGCUGUGGUUACCGUAUAUUAAUCAGUUAGAAGCGAUGGCGGCAUGUUCACAAAACGUGGAUUUCUUAAAAGCCUUUAAUUCAUCCGGUUACUCAGGUUCUAAUUAUCCGGACUUCUCACAAAUGUUUAACACAUCGUCACGUUUCAUGGGUCAAGGAGGUUUCCCUAUGAUGCCCCCGAUGGAUUACGACAACCGUCUCCAAUUCGCAAUGUGGCAAGAAGCUAUGUCACACGCGAACGCUUCAACAUCGCAGAGGCCUAAGUCGGGAUCCGUGACAGACCAGAUGAAAGAAGUACCAAAGUCGAGUGACGUUCAAAACCCUUAUGUACACUCGACUAAAAACCAUCAAAGCAAAACUCAUUCGUCAGCAAGAACGAGUCCGAUCGCGCAUAAUUAUAACAAUCAGCGGUCGGUGACGCACAAUCCCUUUUUACAGAGUAUGUAUCCUGGCAUGAAUUCUAAUAUCAGGCCGAAUAUGCCUUUGCCGGGGUUGCAAAUACCUUACUUUAACCCUCAAAUGAUGGGGAAUCAAAGAUCACCGCGAACGCAGCAACAAAAGAGCCCUAGUUCACCAUAUUAUCCCAACAAUAACUAUCUGCAAUCGGGGAAACAAUCUGAAUCGCAAAGUCAACAAAGGAGCUCGACAUCGCAGGAAUCUCCACGACCCAGGAUUAGUGUUAAAUCGCUACACAAUUUGCUGGAGCCAUCCGCAGCAGCAGCUUCGGGAGUGGCUUCUACGAGACGCACGUCAACGACGCCUACAUCCGCCAUGGGUCGAAGGCGAGAUGAGCCGGAGGUUGGAAGCACCACACCACUAGGAGAGCCGCCACCGCAUAUGCCGCCUCACCCGCACGACCCAUCGUCGUUCCACCUAUGGCACCCAUUGUUUGGCAACCAAAAAAGCUACAACAGCCCAUGGAGUUGGACGACGGUGACCGCUACGGGCGACUGACCGCGGGCGCCGCGCGGGCCACCGCCCGCGCUCUGAGCGCCGCGGGGAGCGCCGGGGGGAGAGGGAAGAGGGGGUAAAGGAAGGGUUGGCGGUAUGAGAGGGGAUUAGACACGAAUUAAAAAAAAGACAAUCAGUUGAUUAUACAAAAUGUAUUACCAAACACUUGGUACUUCAAAGACACUAGAUUAGUUUAAUUGUAACGAAAUUCGUUCCCCGAUAUUGUUUAUUGUAUUUAGAUUUCGGGCGUGUGUUAAUUUUUGUAUAUUUUUAUUGCUUCGAAAUGUUAAAAUUACAUUAACUUUCAAACGGACGGUGUAAUAAUAUCUAUCAAUUAGUGUCAACUUGUCGCACAUGAUGAAACACAACUGUACGAGCGUUGUUAUUUUUGAAUAUUUUUUUUUUGUUCGCGACACUUCAAAACCAAUGUCAUACAAAUGACAUAAUUUUAAGAGGCUAUGAUUUUAAUGUUGCAAUUUAUUAUAGUCUAAGAAUUAAAUUUAAAGAAUCAUUUUAUAUCUAAGUGAACCAAUUAUAAAAUUGAUCACUGACUUUGUCAAUCAAAUUAAAAUCGUAUUGGUAACUAAAUAAGGUUCGUUUCUAAUCACCCGCAGCACCCCGCCCGAUUGGUGAACGAAAUGAUCCGUCCGAUGUCGUUAGCUCCCCGUGUCGUGGCCUUGCCGUGGUCGUCACCGUGACGUGAACUGUGUUACUUGUCUUUAUAAGCCUAAUUGCGACAUUGUUUUUAUUAGUCAUAAUAUAUUUUACAAAUUACAUAAAGAAAGAUAGCUCACUUGUAUGUUUGUUAUAACAUAUAUUCGUUUUACACGAUACGAUAAAUUGUAUCAGAACUAUGUAGAUAUCAAAUUUCAAUAUAUACCUGUCAAUAACAUUGAAAUAAAAAAAAUUUAGCACAAGUAAAACAUAUUCUGACAUUUAAAUACAAAAAAAAUCCCCUUUCCGUAUCACAACGUGUAAAAGGAUACCUUUUUCUACGAAUAAGUUUGUUACACUAGCGUGUUACUUUAUACGGUUGUUCCAUUUUCAGUGAUUGUGGUUUAAUGUUUUUUUAAUUGCAACUAUAUCAUGAGUCAAUGACUUCAAACCAAGGCCUUUUGGUAUUUUAUUGAAUAGAACAUUUUAGUGCACGUAACACAUUACCUAAUACAGUAUUCUUUUUUUUUUUUUGAAUCGCGAGCAAAUGACUUAAAUUUUACGGCUUCACUAUAAAGGCAGUACACACUCACGUCAAACAACUGGAACGGAAUUGCUUUUUAAAACCCACCUUCGUCGAGCGUCUCUGAUACAGUGAAUAAAUCAUAUAUUCAACAUUUAAACAGGAUAAUUACAAUUUAUGACGCUCUAAAUACCAUAUCCCUAAUUUAUAAGAUGGUGCAUCAAAUCGGGUAUAGUGACGGAAAGUGCUUAGAAUUAUAAUUUAUUAUUUAGUUGUGAUAUUUAUAUUGUAUGUGCGUCCGCGCACGUAGUUCUGAGCAUAGACAUAUAGAACGGGCAUCACUAUCAACACAAGUGUGAGGGAGAUAGCAAUAGUGGACAUUAUCUGAAAGUUGAAUAUAUAUGGCUAUUUUUUUCUCUAGUGUACGUUAUGGAGUUUAGUAGAAAUGGCAUCUUAUUACCAAAAUAUUAUAUAUUUUUUCCUCUUCUCAUACAUCGAACGUUCUCUGUGUUCAAAAUAUUUGGGACACGUUAAUUGAAUUUAGAUAUCUUGGUUGAUGCCAUUUUUACUUGCUCCGUUUUGAGGGUAGUCGUGUCGUCUAUUCUAUAUGGCCAUGGUUUCAAAUGAGUGCAAUCCCAGAUGGACUGUAUGUAUAUCGUAGUUAGACAAGUUAAGUGGCGGUACGGUGCAUUUAAUUUAUGUAUGGGUGCGGUUGAUGCAGAUUGAAUUUGAAAUUUAAAUUUUUUGAACUUUCGUCCGUGAAUGUCUUUUUGUGAACGUUCUUCGUUGUUUUUAGAAUUAAUUAUAAUAAAUCAUAGAUGACACGUAUUCCAUAGUGCUUAUGUUUUAAAUGCAAUGUACAUCACUGUUUAUAAAUACUUAAUAAUGCAUUUUUUCGCUCGUUUAAUGAAACUUUAAUGAUGUAAAUGAUUUCAAACUCAACCUGCACCUGUGCUCUUGAUAUUUAUAGAUUUUAAGUUUACAACUCCUGACGAGACUGGUCGAAUUAUGGUCACGCAAAUUUCAACUCAAUCUCAAUAUAUUAGGUUUGAAAAUGAGUUACACCAUGACUUUUUAUGAUUCAAUCCGUACAGGAGUUGGCGGCUUAAAGUGACAAAAAUCGGACUAAAAUGAGAGCAGGAGAUGAUAAUACGAUCUCUCUUUCACUCUUAGGUAUUAGGAAUAAGGCUGGGCUCAUCUCAAUAUCUUUAUGUAAUUGUAACAAACAAUUUGACACACAUUAUAAUUUGAUAAUUUAAAUUGUAAACAUUCUGAUAAUUUACUUUAAAAUCUAUAUUAUUUUGUUAUUGUCGUAAAUAAAGUUUUGUAAGUAAGUAAAGAAAUAAAAUGUCAGAAUGUUCACUUUAACGUAAUAUUUUUGUAAAAUAAUUCUCGCAUUGAUGUUUGAAAAUUAUGGCGGAUUACAAAAAAAUUUUGAUCGCAUUUGACAUGCAACCUCAGCCUUAUAUUUAUAUAUAUAUAUAAUAUAAGCUAAAUAACUGCUCUCAUUUCAGUCGGCUUACGUCUGUGUUAGUGUCUUAAUAUUAUGUAAUAUCUACCUGCGUCUAUAUAAUAUCUAUUUAUUUAGAACACUUAUUAUUGACCAUAAUAUUUCGUUUAAAAAUCCAUCAAUUUAAACAAAUCAAUAUGAAAAAAAAAAAUUAUCAGACAAUGAAAUAUAGAUAAUAAACUGUAUAACGAAGUUGGAUAUGCUUGAUUUAAUUAAAACCAUACCUCUAAUGAUGUCACUUGUCAUAACGGUUCAACCCACGGGUUGUAGGAUGCCUAAUAGGUACUAAAUCGAUACUGACAAGUGCUAACGAGGCAUGAACUCGGCUCCAACAUUGCUACAAAUUGGAUAUCGACGAUACUCGUUGAAUAUUAUUUGUUUGUAAUGUAAAUACAAACCAUCGCGAGUUCUCACAGUAUAAAUAACAUGUUUUAUCUUUUAAAAUAAAUAAAUUUAGCAGUUUAGAAAAUAAUUGGAAUAAAAAAUAUUUAAAACAGAUAACAUACAACAUUUUUUUGAUAGAUAUUAUGUAAAGGCAGGCAAUAUAAACGUCAUUUCUUUAAUAUCAGUAUUUAUUUCGUUAUUUUUUAAGUUUUCAAUGAUUUUUAUUGUUCUCGUUGCUUUCCUUGGGAAUCUUUAUCGAUUUUUUAGACUUAGUAAAUACAAUAUUGUAUGAAACGAGGACAGACAGCCAAAAACUAUUUACUAUUUAUAUUUGGCAGUAUCAACUUUUGUAAUGUAAAAAUCCAUUUUUCUAUUCCGAUAUAAUGUUACGACAAAAUUUUUAAUAAGGCAAUUAUUGGUUUUGUUAAUUGACAUUUGACCGCCAUUUUGAAUUACAUAUUUAAAGUCACGCAGUUCGUAAAAUUACAAUGCAUUUUAAAAUUAAGAGCACUAAUUAAGUCGUUAAUGCUGAUUCUAUUGAACACGAUUUGUAAACUUUAAUAAUUUGACAGGAUCCAAACGGUUGUUAUUCUUUUUAAGCUCAUUCUUGUGAAAGAUAUAGCAGUAUGUUGAGACCUGUCAAAUUAGUAGGUAUAUAGAGAUUGUACAAGAGACAGCAGAAUUAAUAUUAUUAGCCCUUUGUUUGAAUGUGGGUUAAAGAAAUGACCGGUUGUAAUUUCAAAUUGUCUGUCCUUGUAUGAGGUUGUUGAUUAUUAUCGUUCGUGAGUAUUCCAAAAGUUUCCUGAUGUAAUUUAUUGACUUGAUAAAUGAAAUUACGCUUCUAAAGUGUACUAUUACAUAUGUAAAUAUAGGAAAACUAAUACCUAUUAUAAUAGUGAAUGUUGUAAUUUGUAUAUAAGUAACGAAAAUUAAAUUUUAAAUACAUAGAUAA